GUAAUAUGUAGGAGUAUUCAUUAUUUAUCCUAUAAUUAAGGAUAAUAAGAAUAAAAUUGUCUAUUUUUUUGAUACAUGUAUUUUAAGGGCAUGAAACAAGAGAGCAGUAUAUAACUCUCUUGUAUGUAACUGUCACAUGCGAAGCAGUGACAAAACAUCAAUCUCUACUCUUCAGUCAUGCCAUUUUCAUGAGAAGGAAAAAUCCCAAAUUAGAAUCCCCAAAUAUCACUAAACAACAUGCAUGAAAUUCAACUCUGAUCAAUCCAAUUCAUCUUCCCCACAUCUCCCCAAAUCCCAUUCCCAUUGAUUUGGAUAAUUCGAUGCUGAAAAUCAUCUCAAAUCUGUGAUUGAGCUCGCAGUUGCAAUGGAAGGCAGCGCAGAUCGCAAUAAGCCCCUAAUUCCGCCGCUCCCUAGGGAUCCCCGCGGCUCCUUGGAAGUGUUCAAUCCAUCAGCCGCCGCCGCCGCCGCCGCCAGCAGCAGCCCCGUUUUCCGGCCGGCGUCGUCGUGGCAAAGCUGGUCCAGCAACCCGGAGGCGGAGGAGAAAAGCUUCGCAUCGAAAUCAGGAAGAGCGACGGCGGCAGCGGCAGCGCCAGCUAAUCCCGAAGGCAUCAGCUCAUGGAUGGCUCUCAAGGAUACAGCUGCGCCGCCGCCGCAGCCGAAGGCGUUAGCUGAGAUAUUCAACGAGCAUGAGGCGCAGGCGUCGCCGGCGAAGGGAGGAGUCGGCGCGGCGGCGCAAAGGGCUGCUGAGUGGGGAUUGGUGCUGAAAACCGACGAGGAGACCGGGAAGCCGCAAGGAGUGAAAGUGAGGAAUUCCGGCGACGAGAAAGGGAACACGCGGAGGGAUUCCAACAACUCUGUCCGGAGCUCCGGCGACCAGUCCGACGACGGAGGAGGGAGAGAGAGGGGAUUUCCAAGAGUAUCGGAAGAUUUGAAGGAUGCAUUAUCGACAUUUCAACAGACAUUUGUGGUGUCGGAUGCAACUAAACCCGAUGCCCCUAUCAUGUAUGCGAGUGCAGGAUUUUUCAAGAUGACCGGCUACACUUCCAAGGAAGUUAUAGGCAGGAAUUGUCGGUUUUUGCAGGGGAAGGACACGGACGCGGGGGACGUGGCGAAGAUAAGGGAGGCGUUAGAAAAGGGCGGCAGCUACUGUGGGAGGCUGCUCAACUACAAGAAGGAUGGCACUCCCUUCUGGAACCUUCUCACCAUCACUCCCAUCAAAGAUGAAACCGGAAAAGUCCUUAAAUAUAUCGGGAUGCAAGUGGAGGUGAGCAAGCACACGGAAGGAAUCAGGGAGAAAACGACCCGGCCCAAUGGGCUUCCCGAAUCAUUGAUCCGUUACGAUGCUCGGCAGAAAGAGAUGGCGUCGAGUGCAGUUACAGAGCUAGUUGAAGCAGUGAAGAAGCCUCGAGCAAGAGCUCUCAGCGAGUCCACCAACCGCCCCUUCCUCCGCAAAUCCGGCGACAACGAGAUCUUCGACGCCCCAACCCGCCGCAGCUCCGACGACAAGCCCCCGCCUGCUCGCCGCCACUCGCAUGCCGGCACGCGAACCACCAUGCACAAGAUCAGCGAGCUGCCGGAAAAGCCUCUCAAGAAAACCCCCCGCCGAUCUUUCAUGGGGAUGCUAAAGAAGGGGCGGCGCUCGAGCACUCAAGAGCUCGAGCCGGUGUUCAAUGAAGAUGAUGAGGAGAAGGAGAACGGGUACUCGUCGGAGAGCGACGACGACCGGAGGCCGGAUAGCGUGGAUGAUAAAGUGAGGAAGAAGGAGAUGAGAAAGGGUAUUGAUUUGGCCACCACUCUUGAACGUAUAGAGAAGAAUUUUGUUAUCACUGAUCCAAGGCUUCCUGAUAAUCCUAUUAUUUUUGCUUCUGAUAGUUUCUUGGAGUUGACAGAGUAUAGUAGAGAAGAAAUCUUGGGUAGAAAUUGCAGAUUUCUUCAAGGGCCCGAGACUGAUCCGUCGACAGUUAGGAAGAUAAGAGAUGCCAUUGAUAACCAGAGGGAGGUCACUGUGCAGCUCAUCAACUACACUAAAAGUGGCAAAAAGUUCUGGAACUUGUUUCAUCUGCAGCCCAUGCGUGAUCAAAAGGGAGAGGUGCAGUACUUUAUCGGGGUUCAGCUAGACGGAAGCCAACACGUGGAACCGCUUCAUAAUUGUAUCCCUGAGGCCACAGCAAAAGAGAGUGCAGUGCUGGUGAAAGAAACUGCUGCAAAUGUUGAUGAUGCCGUCAGAGAGCUUCCAGACGCCAACACGAAACCCGAGGACUUAUGGAAGAAUCACUCGAAAGUUGUUCAUCCGAAGCCUCAUAGGAAGGAUAGCCCCUCCUGGCUAGCUAUUCAGCAGAUUCUAGACAGCGGGGAAGAGAUAAGCUUGAAGCAUUUUAAGCCGGUGAAACCACUAGGAUCCGGUGACACUGGAAGCGUGCAUCUCGUGGAGCUAUGUGGAACGGGGCAAUACUUUGCAAUGAAAGCAAUGGACAAGGGCAUGAUGCUUAAUAGAAACAAGGUGCACAGAGCUUGUGCAGAAAGAGAAAUCCUAGACAUGUUAGACCACCCUUUUCUUCCUGCUCUCUAUGCUUCAUUUCAGACUGCAACUCAUAUCUGUUUGAUCACUGACUACUGCCCCGGUGGAGAGCUCUUUAUUCUACUCGACAGGCAGCCCACGAAAGUUCUGAAAGAAGAUGCCGUAAGAUUCUAUGCUGCUGAAGUUGUAGUGGCACUUGAAUAUCUUCACUGUCAAGGCAUAAUCUACAGGGACUUAAAGCCGGAGAACGUCUUGCUUCAAAACAACGGGCAUGUUGCUCUCACGGACUUUGAUUUGUCGUGCUUGACAUCUUGCAAGCCACAGCUUCUGAUCCCGGAUAUAAAUGAGAAGAAAAGGAAUCAGAAAGGCCAACAGAAUCCCAUCUUCAUGGCUGAACCCAUGAGAGCAUCCAACUCUUUUGUUGGUACUGAAGAAUACAUUGCUCCGGAAAUCAUCACUGGGGCAGGCCAUACCAGCGCAGUCGACUGGUGGGCACUUGGAAUUCUUCUAUAUGAAAUGCUGUAUGGAUACACACCAUUCAGGGGAAAGACGAGGCAGAAGACAUUUGCCAACAUUCUUCACAAGGACUUGAAGUUUCCAAGAAGCAAAGAGGUGAGUCUCCAAGGAAAGCAGCUAAUGUACCGACUGCUACACAGAGAUCCGAAAAACAGACUAGGAUCACGCGAAGGGGCUAAUGAAGUUAAGCAGCAUCCAUUUUUCCGGGGCAUAAAUUGGGCUCUCGUUCGUUGCAUGAGUCCUCCUACACUUGAUGCCCCACUGUUUGAGGAGAAAGAAACGGUUGAUCCCGGGCUCGAUGAUCUGCAGAAGAAUGUGUUCUGAAAGAAUUUUAUGCAAUUUGUGGUGGCUGAAUAUGAUGAUCCUGAUAAUGCUGAGGUCUUUCUUUUUUUCUUUUUUUUGGCAUGUUUCUGUAAACUGGGAUUCUGUUUGAUCUUUGGAAGUUGUGUAAUAGUUUUUUGUUGUUGUAUCUCUCUAUUCUUUGUCACAUGUUGUAGUGUGAGUUUGUCUUAAUUCUCUUUGUUUUGUACAUUAGAAAGCUGUGCAAUAAUAUGGUUGUUUUAUUAUAA